UCUCUCUCUCUUUCUCUCUCUCUCACUUUAAAUGCUCUUCCUUGACUACCUCUCCCUCUCCCCCACUUAAAUACCAACCCUACGAAACCAGAGAGCACAAACCCAGAAAAAAUGAAUACUUUCUUAAGCGGAUUUAUGCUUGCGCUUCUGUUUGCUACCACCUCCCUCUCCGCUGCUGGUCGCCCAGAAACCGGUGGAGCUUUUAGUGCCCAAAUAAAGAACACCAACAGUAAAGGCAAGGGAAAUACCAACAGCAACAAGGUCGGUAAUGGUGGUGGAGGAGGAGGAGACAACGGAGGAGUGGGCAGUUUCUUCGGUCCCGGCGGUGUAGGAGGAUUUGGAAUUCCAGGAUUCAGUAACGGUUGGGACAACGGUGGCGUCGGCGGAGGCUACGGUGCUGGCUAUGGGGGUCCCGGUGGUGGUUACUCUAAGGGUGGUGUUAUACGCCCCACCGUGGUGUGCAAGGAACGUGGACCUUGUUAUAAGAAGAAGCUCACGUGCCCAGCUAAGUGCUUCACCUCCUACAGUCACUCUGGCAAGAAUGGUGGAAGUGGCGGUGGCGGUGGCGGUUGUACCAUCGACUGCAAGAAGAAGUGUACUGCUUACUGUUAAAACAGAGGAUGCAUGAAAGGAUAACUUUACCGCGUAUCUAUCCCUUUUGCUUCCUCCUAGAGGGUUAUAGAUGUGUUAAGUUGUAUUAGAUUCUAUAUUAUCUAUGAAUCUAUGUGGGUUUUGGAGUGGGGAGAUGGGGUUUUUGGAGGGUUUAGGAGUUGGUUUUUAUGUUUUUUUUUUAUCUUUUCUAUAUAUGGAUGUGGACGGUUAGUUCGAUAAUAAAGAAGACCAUUUAGUA